GAAAAGGGAGGAUGGAGAGGUUUGUUCCUUCCCGCUGUGCUCCGAGCUGACGUGCCGCAGAAGCUUCACAAUAAACUUUGGAUGUCUGCAGUGCUGAAUGGUGUCAGUGCUGAAGGAAGAACAGAAAACACACCUUUGAGGGAUGUAGGCCUUUGAGGGCACUGAGUGAGACCAAGGUUUCCCGUGUUGAGAAUUAUUUGUACCCCAGUCCUAGUGAACCUAAGUAAGCUGAAGUACACGUGAGGGAUCAUUCUAGAAUCUGAUUGAGAACGCCAUGUCAUCAGUGGGAUCACACCAGGAACAGUUGUCCCAGUCAGACCCGUCUCCGUCUCCAAACUCAUGCAGUUCCUUUGAGCUGAUAGACAUGGAUGCUGCCAGUUUGUAUGAACCGGUUUCUCCUCAUUGGUUUUACUGUAAAAUCAUAGAUUCUAAGGAAACCUGGAUUCCUUUCAACUCUGAAGACUCACAGCAGCUGGAAGAGGCGUAUGGCUCUGGUAAAGAUUGUAAUGGGCGAGUUGUCCCUACGGAUGGGGGCAGAUACGAUGUUCAUCUGGGCGAGAGGAUGCGGUACGCUGUAUACUGGGAUGAGCUAGCAACAGAAGUAAGACGGUGUACCUGGUUUUAUAAGGGAGACAAGGACAAUAAAUACGUGCCCUACACAGAGAGCUUCAGCCAAGUCUUGGAGGAAACUUAUAUGCUUGCUGUAACUCUGGACGAAUGGAAAAAGAAACUAGAGUCUCCCAACAGAGAAAUUAUCAUUUUACACAAUCCAAAGCUCAUGGUACAUUACCAGCCAGCGCCAGGGGCUGAUGAAUGGGGUCCAACACCCACCGAGCAGGGUCGACCAAGAACAGUGAAGAGAGGACUUGAGAACAUUUCUGUUGACAUUCAUUGCGGGGAACCUUUACAAAUAGAUCAUUUGGUUUUUAUAGUCCAUGGGAUUGGACCAGCUUGUGAUCUCCGCUUUCGAAGCAUUGUCCAAUGUGUGAAUGAUUUUCGCAGUGUUUCCUUGAGCCUGCUGCAGACCCAUUUUAAGAAAGCCCAGGAAAAUCAGCAGAUUGGGAGAGUAGAAUUUCUUCCAGUCAACUGGCACAGUCCUCUGCAUUCGACGGGUGUGGAUGUAGACCUGCAGCGCAUAACGCUGCCCAGCAUUAAUCGGCUCCGACACUUCACCAAUGACACCAUUCUGGACGUCUUCUUCUACAAUAGCCCCACCUACUGUCAGACUAUUGUGGACACGGUUGCUUCUGAAAUGAACCGGAUCUACACACUUUUUCUGCACAGGAACCCUGAUUUCAAAGGGGGUGUAUCCAUUGCUGGUCAUAGUUUAGGUUCACUUAUAUUGUUUGAUAUCCUAACAAAUCAGAAAGAUUCUUUGGGGGAUAAUGACACUGAAAAGGCAUCCCUAAAUAUUGAUAUGGCUCAAGGAGACACCCCGACAUUAGAGGAAGCCCUGAAGAAGCUGCAGCUCUCUGAAUUCUGUAGUGUCUUUGAGAAGGAACAAGUAGACAAAGCAGCUCUGGCUUUAUGUACAGACACAGACCUUCAGGAAAUGGGCAUCCCCUUAGGACCAAGAAAGAAGAUAUUAAACUAUUUUAGGCCUACAAAAACUCCAACGGGUAUUAAUAGACCAUCCCCGCAAUCAGCUUCAGGGACGAGUAUGUCUAACGCCCCCAAAACAUCUGAGUCCGGCAACGAUGGCUUUCUGGAUGUUGGCAUUGGGCAGGGAUCCGUGAAAUACCCUCGGCUCAUCUACAAGCCAGAAAUAUUCUUUGCCUUUGGGUCUCCCAUUGGGAUGUUCCUUACUGUCCGAGGACUGAGAAGAAUUGAUCCCAACUACAGAUUCCCAACAUGUAAUGGUUUCUUCAAUAUUUAUCACCCUUUUGAUCCUGUGGCCUAUAGGAUUGAACCAAUGGUAGUUCCAGAAGUGGAAUUUGAACCGAUGCUGAUCCCACACCACAAAGGCAGGAAGCGGAUGCACUUAGAACUUCGAGAAGGCUUGUCCCGGAUGAGUAUGGACCUGAGGAAUAACUUGCUGGGCUCCCUGAAGAUGGCCUGGAAGUCUUUCACCAGAGCGCCAUACCCAGCCUUACAAGCUGCUGAAACUGUGGGAGACGCUGAAGCAGAGCCGGAGUCCCGUGCAGAGAAGCCCAGUGAUGUUAACACUGAGGAGACGCCGGUGCCAGUUAAUGAAGUCCCAUCUAUCAACGUGGGAAUGCUGAAUGGCGGCCAACGCAUUGACUAUGUGCUGCAGGAGAAGCCCAUCGAGAGUUUCAAUGAAUAUUUAUUUGCUUUACAAAGCCAUCUGUGCUACUGGGAGUCUGAAGAUACAGUAUUACUGGUCCUCAAGGAAAUCUACCAGACCCAGGGGGUCUCCCUUGAUCAGCCUUCACAGUAAAGUGGCCGGGUGUGGCUGCCGAAUACAGCCGUGAAGGAGCCUUCCCCAGGAAACCCACCUGCCUGCCGCUGCAGUUUCCUCUCCUCGGCUGCAUCUGUUCCCUGCAUGCUGCUGGCACCUUCUCCCCGUGGGGUUUUGGAGGAGAACCUUCCUCUUGGGGAGUGGAAAAGCAGAGGGGAGACUCUAUUACUGGUUUUAUGUAAGCACUCACCAUUCUUCAUGGCUGGGGAUCAUUUGCAAGUGCUACACGUUGCUGCUUUAUGACGACUCAGGACGGUGUAGUUUUGGAUUUAUUUUUGGUCAGCUAGUCAUUUUUCUAGUAUUCCGAAGUCAUGUGAGCUACAUUAGUCUCUUGUCAUCUGCACUUGGAGACCAGUCUAAGUGGAUGUAGGACAGGUUUUAUCAGAUAAGCUUUUUAAAGUCAACUUCCCUUAUGUGCACUAGAGGGAGAAAGCCUGGGCUGUAGCUUUAAGAGUGCCGUUCCUGUCCAGAUGACUAACAAGCGAUGAUUGUCAGGACUGGCUGACCUGCGUUGAGCUGCUCUAAGAGUCUGAGAGGCGGGGCUUCAUUCACAUCAGCCACGCACUAGACCCCUCUUGUAUCUCUCACUUCAAAUCGAGGUUUGAUAUGAAGACUGGCUUACCUGGUAGCGUCUGUUUAUUUUAGAGUAGGGUUCUAGAAACUGACAAAUCCAAAGUAACACAGCCUUGGCUGGGUGAAACCCUCCUGUCUCACCCACCCUCCUGUGGUAUGCUUAGGGGAUCAAAGCGUGCUCUAGAUCUCGCACUUAGGUGCCAUCACUGGCACUGCUUCCAGUUCCUUGGUUAGCGAUGCCCUCAUGGUGAGACAGUAGUUGCACAAGUCCCCCGCUCCAUCCAUUUGGGUGAAGGCAGUAUUGUUUGUCCUCUUUGAAGAUGUUUCGUAAACAUCACAGCCUUCUGUGACCCAGAAUGCUGACUUUAAAAGGCACUUGGGAGAGGUCAGGGGUUGAGCAGGUGGACAUGGCUGGAGGUGGGGAUGUGUAAUUCCACUAUUCUGAACGGAACCAGUGCCUGUCAGGUCCCAGGACUCGCUCUUCCAGGAUCAGGCGCAGCUGAGUCUGCAGCAUCCAGUUAGGCCUACCUGGAAGAAGGGAGGCGAAUUUUGUUUUCAAGGCAUUUGCUUACCACGUUGCUGUUUUCCUACUCACUGGCCAGAGCGAGUCUUCCCACACGCCCUCAGAUGUCCACAGUAGAGAGUAGCAUGUGGACAAACUGUGUCUUCAUAUCUAAAUGUAUCAUGAUCUCCAGUCAGUGCUGGCAUUUACUAUUCACUUACUCCAUCCCCUGGGCAGUCUUUAUCCCUUGCUGGAGAGGGGCAGGGUAGGUACUUAGUGUCCACCUGAAGAUGGUGAAGGGGAGAGGGUGUGGUGUCCUCAGAGGCCACAAACACCUGUUGAACACCUUGAACGCCUGUUGUAGACUAAUGCUGACUAAGCCAUUAGGUGUCACGCCAUAGAACUUAUCAUUUCUGUAUCCUCUAAGCCCUGAGCAUACAGAAAGAUUGCAGAGGAUCAGCAGCAUUGACUGUAUCACAGGGCAGACAUUUCUCAAAUUACUGUCUUCAAGUGUAAAUCGACUCUUCAGCAGAAUAGGUUCUAUUCACGAGUAAACCAAAGGACAAGCAAGAGUGAGGCUGUGACCAAAAAUGGACAGCAUGCCCUGCAGGACUGGCGAAGCCAGUGUCUGCACUGGCCAUGGCCAGGGGCAGCUAACAGGGAAAGCCUAUCUCAUCCAGCAUCCUGUGGCAUUAUGGGAUCAUAAGCUUGAUUUAAACCUUAUUUAGGUGUGUGUUAUUUUCACUAUUCCAGUUGUAUCAUGUGCAAUCUCUUGACCAAACCUACUUCUAAACUCUGGUACAGGAUUAUUUCGUAGACAGUCUCAGCUGCAGAAUUAGUUACCACUUACUUCAGCAGAGAUUGCUUGCAUGGAGAGAAUAAUAGCACUGAUUAGCUUUCUAAUAUUUUGCACUUUUGAAAUGUUUGUUUUUUUAUAUUUAAAGCUUUAGAAAAUACUGAAAUAAAACUUUAAGGGCCACUUGCCUACUCUGACGUGGCUUCAUCCCUCAUAAGGAAUAUUAAUGCAAUAAUCAAUUUUUCCUCCCUUGUAUAUUACUAAAACAAGUUAUAAAAAAUAUCAACAAAGGACUAUUAAUUCUU